UUUGAAUAAUAUUUUGUUAACUCCUGAUAAAUUAAACAUGAAUUGUUUCAGAGGUUUCCAGAUCAUCAUGAAUCUUGCCUGGUGAAUGAUCUUAUUCUUUUUCGUCGUCCAUCGUUACAACCAGCUUCUGAAAUGAGAAUAUUUAUCGGUUUCCUUUUUGCAGUUUUAGUUGCAAAUUUUGAAUUUGCCGGUUUUCGAGAAUGAAAAUAUAUUGUUUAUGACCGUUUCCGUUUCUGAGGCACAAUUUCCUCAGAGUGCGUUAAAAUGAGCGUAACUCAGCAAAUCAACAGUGGAUGUUAGUUUACGUGAGUGUGAGUAUCAUAUUCGUUUGAUAAAUCCUUUUUUUUUUACCUUUUUAUGGGACACAUGACUUAUUUAGGACGUACAAAACAAGAAAAAUCGGCAAGCUUGAGAACGUAAUCGCCAUCUCAACAAUCGUUGGUCCACUUAGAGCAUCUUAGUAAUCGUGACACUCCAUAAAUCAAUGGAGUUAAGGAGGAACUCUGACAAUCUGAUCCCUAGUCCGGCAGCUCUCUCAUUGGGUGUAUACCUGGUGCAUAUUCUAUAACAAUGUACAAUCGAAUUCCAGAUAUCGAAAGGUUUUAUUUUUUCAAAAAUACGGAAGGUGCUAAUGAUAGGGCUAAAGUGAAUUUAAAAUCCAUUACACAGAAAUAUCAUAAAAUGGGAUAAUUGUAUGUACAGCCAAAUUUAUCUACAAAAUCCAGGAUCAUUUCCGUUGAGAGAGGAAUUUUUAAUUGAUUGUAGUGUCAAAUUAAGAUAUAUUGUUUCAAUUCAAUCUUUGAUUGGUCUAGAGAAUUUAAACCAUGCAUUCCAUCCACUAUCAAGAGGCCAAACAAAGCCAGUCGCAAGUGCAUAAUCUUUCAAACUGACAAGGAUGUCUAAAACAACUUCCCAUGAUCCUCUUGGUCGUUCCAGAACCGAAAUAGAGGUCGAAGUCACUGUGGCUAUUCUCAUUUGCCUCACAGCAGUGUUCGGUAACUUGCUGGUUCUUUAUGUUGUCAACAGAGAUUCCAGGCUCCGCAACGUCACCAACCUGUUCAUUCAUCAUUUGGCGUUGACUGACAUCGUCUCGGCAACGAUAGACAUGCCAUUCUGGAUAACGAGCCUAUAUACGGGAACUUGGAAUUUUGGCCAAGUGUGGUGUCAGGUGGCAGGAUCAACUUUUAAUUUUUUGGGUUGUGCCUCCAUACUGAUGAUGGGAUUGAUAGCCUUCAAUCGAUACAUGAAGGUCGUAAAACCCACCCUGUAUAAAAAAGUAUUCCCCAAUAAAAAAGCAGCUCAGAUGUAUUGCGUUCUCAUUUGGCUGGUUGCAGUUUUAAUGGCCAUAACUUAUCUGAGUGGAUGGGCAGGAAUAAAAUUUCACAUGCGACUUUUGAUAUGUUCCUCUGAGCACACUGCAUACGGAUUGGCUAGUGCAGGGGUGAUUAUUAACGGAGUCAUGAUUAUGAUAUUUUAUUGUCACUUUAGAAUCUACAAAGCUGUAAGACAAAGCACGGAAAAUUUAAACGCACACGCUGAAGGAAACGGAAUCCGCUCUCUAAAUGAUACUGGCCGUUUUAAUAUCACUGAGAUAAGAGUUUUAAAUGCAUGCUUCACUGUGGCUUGUUUUUUUGUGAUAACGUACAUUCCAGUCUACAUUAUUAUCGUCACUUGGAAUUUUAGGUUUGAUGUACCUCAAACGGUCCAUAUAGCAAGCAUUUUCCUGAAGUUCUCGGGUAGCAUGGUAAAUCCAUUUAUCUACGGCAUUGUGAACCCGCUGUUCAAAGUGGCUUUCAAGAGGGCACUCAGUUUUGGUCGCUAUGGUAACUCAGACACAAAUCAGAAUCUGUCAAGGAAUCGAGUUGCAGUAGUUGAGAUGACAGGUAGAAAUUGGACGAUAUUUACACAGCAUAAUUGAUCAUCCAGCGAUAGAAAUGCCUUUGUGAAUCUAAUUAUUUAAACUGAUAUUUCAUUUUAAUAGUUGAUGGUACACAAUCAAUUUUCGAAUAUCAUACACUUUGUAUUGAGCGUACUGUAAAUAAAGAAACUGAUUUAGAUUUGAA